UUCUUCUCAGUGCAUUGGCUGAGAGAGAGCGCAUGAGACACACACACACACACCACACAUGCACACACACUGGGAUGUUUCAGAGUGGCUGGAGCAGAGAGGUGGGGUGCAGCAGCGGGAGCUGUGUGGAUGGGUGAGGUGCAUGUGUGCCUGCUGACACGGGCCAGAAAAGCCAAACUUAAGAAAUCAGCCUAUGUACAGAACAAACCAUCUGAAGGGGUUCUCAUUAAUCCGCCGUCUGUGACUUUCGUUAUUUUUCAGGAGAAGCGCUACAAAGCAGCCACUGUGCUUUCUGAACCGCCUCCCCCUGUAUCGCUUAAUUGAGAAGGUAUACAAAUGCUCUCAGUCCAGCCAGACACCAAGCCGAAAGGUUGUGCUGGCUGCAACCGAAAGAUCAAGGACCGGUAUCUUCUAAAGGCACUGGACAAAUACUGGCAUGAGGACUGCCUGAAGUGUGCCUGCUGCGACUGCCGUCUGGGAGAAGUGGGCUCCACCCUGUACACUAAAGCUAAUCUCAUCCUUUGUCGCAGAGACUAUCUGAGGCUCUUCGGAGUGACGGGAAACUGCGCUGCCUGCAGUAAGCUCAUCCCUGCCUUUGAGAUGGUGAUGCGUGCCAAGGACAAUGUGUACCACCUGGACUGCUUUGCAUGUCAGCUUUGUAAUCAGAGAUUUUGUGUCGGAGACAAAUUUUUCCUCAAGAAUAACAUGAUCCUUUGCCAGACGGACUACGAGGAAGGUUUAAUGAAAGAAGGUUAUGCACCCCAGGUUCGCUGAUCUAUCAACAUCACCCUAUUAAGAACACAAAGCACUACAUUCUUUUAUCUUUUUUGCUCCACAUGUAUAUAAGAAUUGACACGGGAACCUACUGAAUAGCGUAGAUAUAGGAAAGCAGGAUGGAUAUAUGAAAUAAAAGGGGAACUGCAUCUGUAUGUAGUGAUAUUGCCCCAGUUCAGAGUUGAAUGUUUAUUAUUAAAGAAAAAACAUAAUGUACAUAUUGCUGGUUUUUUUGCUUGCUAUUCCUUUUUGUGUCACUUGGCAUGAGAUGUUUAUUUUGGACUAUUGUAUAUAAUGUAUUGUAAUAUUUGAAGCACAAAUGUAAUACAGUUUUAUUGUGUUACCAUUUGUGUUCUGUUUGCUUCUUUGUAUUGUUGCAUUUAGUACAAUCAGUGUUUAAACUUACUGUAUAUUUAUGCUUUCUGUAUCUACCAGCUAUUUUAAAUGAGCUGUAACUUUCUAGUAAAAAAUUGAAGAGCAAAUCUCACGAAUGAUACACAUAUAGAUAAAGCAAGUCUAGCAACAUUAAAAAACGAAAAAAUAAAGACACACACAAAGCAUUUUAAGCAACAUUCACUAUGAUUGCCACCAUGAUUUAGUCUAUCAGUGUUCUCUUUACUACCCCCUAUUUUCAGGGGGUUAAGAUCAGCUUUAAAAAAUGCAUAAAAAUUUCAUCUUAAAGCACUUUCAUUUUAUACCAACGUGAAAAGUGCCACUUUUAGAAUACCUUUAAAGCUUAACAGUUAUCCUUUUAAUAUCCUCUAUGUGUGUGUGUGUGUGUGUGCGCGCUCUUUACCUAUAUUACGGUUUUGCUGUUUGUUUUUUUCAGCCAUUCACCCCUUAUGUGAACUAGUGCCUUUGGGUAUCAUGUAAAUUUUUUCCAAAGGGUUACUUUAAAAAAGUAUUAACACGAUUAUAAGAUAACUUAAAAUGAUUAAAUUUCUUGUACAAAUUUUGCCCAGAUCGCUCCAUAAAAGCUGAGUGUUUAAUAACUUAUGGCCUGAUAAAUUUCUGGCACUAAAAGGAUUUGAGUGUGAAUCUACUGAAAUCAUGAUAAUGCACAUUGACGCUAUGAUGAUAUUUGAGUAGUGAGGUUACUUUUGAUCGGGCAACAUAGUGCUCAUAGAAUCUUCUAGAAGAAGAGAAACAAAGGGAUUGAUAAAAAGCUGAGAACUGGUGAUUAUAUAUUUUUCUGUAUUACAUGCCACUUAUUUUAAUGUUUAAAAGUGAACACUUUAAAGUUUGAUGUGUCUUACUCUUGCUUUCUGUAAUUACCCACUCAGUAUACAUCACACUUAAGCUGAAAUCUGUCAUUCCAUUUUUUAAAGGUGAAAUAUUAUUUCCUUACCUACAUGAUAGCUGAUGAAGAAGAAAAUGUUCUAGAAACAGAAAUUAUGGAGACUGAUUAUUUAGAUUAUAAUUUAAGAUAUUAAAAUGAGUCUAUAACACCCUCUUCUGGAUUGCUCACAUUUUGCUUCUUUGCUUCUGUUCCCUAGUAAUAAAACUACAUGUUAACAAUUUAAUCCCUUGCAGGCACAAUGAACCCUAUUUUUACUAGAGCAAAUUUAGUGCGGUGGUUUUUAUUUUUUCUUUAUUUUUUUCUUGAUCACUUGUAUAGGAAACAAUAUUUCCCAGUGUUAUUUACAUACAUAUUUUGUCCUGCCAAUAUAUGUAUUGCAGAUGAAAAUUAAGUGUGAUACCUGAGUUCUUGGUUUGGGGCCAAAAUAUUAAGCUGCAAAUAAUGCUGCUGUGGAUUUGAGUUGUUUUAAAAACAAAGCUUUAUUAUAGACAUGCAUGUAAAUCUGGAUAUUGCCUCUCGUUUUUAAGGAAAUGAUUCUGUGAAAAGUGAUAUGUAUUUUUACAAAUGCUUCAUGGUUAAGAGUGUUCAAGUCACAUGUCUCCCAAAUUCAAGAUACACCUAGAAAAAAAAUUUUAAAAAUAGCUAUUUGUGGCCCAUAAUAUAACUAUUAUUUUAGCCUUUGAGCCUUACAUUUGCUUCAUGAAAAGACUUGCAUAGCCAAAACUAAAAACAUCAAAACAAAAACAGAACAACAAAUGGAUGCAGGAGAAAUAGUGAGAAAUGGUUUUCAUAACACUGCUGCCCCAAUAGCCCCCUUUAAGAGUUGCUUGACAUUCAUGUGGAUGUACAGUUUUAAUUGUCGGUAUCUUUUUCAAAUGAUCUUUUAAAUAUUUAACUGGUUUUGCAUAUGUUAAGAUCAAUAUGUCAAAAUACCUGUAAACUGGGAACAAACUGUUCAACUAUCCUUGGGACCCAAAGACCAAACCACGUUUUUUACUGCCUUUUAUUUUGCAUAAUCCUUUGGGAAUUAAUUCUUAUGCUUUUCCUGCGAAGGAAAUUACUCACCUGGAUUAAAGAUUAAGGCCUUAAUCUCCUUAGAUUAUCGUUAAUCCCUAUGAAUUUGUGAAACAAGACAGAAAUAGACCCUUUUGUAACUAAUUGCCCAUAAAGAGUAGCAUUUUUGACCUGAAGUAUUAAGCUAAUUGUCUUGACUAUUUCCAAGUCCCUGAAUUGUUGUCAACUUUCCUCUUUGUGUUGUGUAGCCCUGGUGUCCCUUAGCUUGUUUUCCGAUGCCUCCAGUAGGACACCUCCAAUGGAGCUUUGAUUUCUCAAGCAGGGAGAGCUCCCUUCCUAAUGUGCACCACGCAUAGGCUGCCUCUGAUGAAGGACCAGGAACCUCCAGUUCACCAGAAUGCUGGCUGAGUUUAAAAGCUGACCUGUGUUUGUAAUUUCACUUUCAUCUUGCUUAAUAAAUAUCUGCUGGAUUCUUUCAUUCAUUUUUUUUAUAUUUGGAUUUAUGUUUUUAAUAAAAGGGGUAUGACACUA